AUUGUGUUACAAAUUCACAUACUUUAUCAACCGUUAUUAUUUUUGCGAAAUAGUGGGUAAUAUGAGUCAGCGUUAAGUAAACAUACGAAUUAUAAAGUGGUGUUUUUUUAUCAAAGUAAUGCAGAUCCGGAUUACAAGCAUUCAUGCAUUCUUCAUUUCCCACGUGUAUCUAGGUAACGGUGAUCCAAUGGACUUUUGGGACCGCUUCCGGGAGAGCAACCUGCCGCAAAACACGCCCGGCGCCGACGAGCUGCUCUGGACGACGCCAUACGCCGUCCGCCACGUCUACCCGAACGUCAAGCUGCUACUCAUGCUACGGGAUCCCGUCGACAGGUUGUAUUCUCACUAUUUCCAUGGUCGCUACGGCAAAUCGGCACACUCCUUCCAUGACCAUGUGGUAAUUUCCAUUGAACGAUGGAAGGCAUGCACGAGCUCCCAUAGCAUUCGUCACUGCAUUUACGAUCAGCCCUUUAGCAAAACGCUGCCGGCGCCGAUCUUUACGAGCUUCUACAUCGUGCACCUGUUGGAGUGGCUUAAGGCGUUUCCGCGGGAGCAGAUCUUGAUUUUCCGGAACGAGGAUUACACGGUGGACAUAAAGGGCACCAUGACGGACAUAUUCCGCUUUUUAGACGUCGAGGUCCCCAACGACCACGUUCUCACGCAGAUGGCAAACAUGGCCCCUUUCUUCGAGUCAAUUAAGCGGAAGUCGGCCGGGCCCAUGCUACCGGAAACCAAGCGCCUCCUGGUGGAGCUCUAUCGGCCCUACAACGAGCAGCUCGCGGCUUUCCUCGGGGACGAGAGAUUCGCAUGGCGCGACGCAUCUUUUGCCACCGCAUAGACCACCGUCAGCAUUACUCGUUGUAUACUUCGCUGAAUCACAGUGGGAUAAAGUCGGUAUAGCUUUUGGGAUACGAUUUAUAUGUAAGGCAUGGGUUUCAGUCAGCAUAUCUCCCGAUGAUCUAUACACGUUGAUAGCGGGGGUUUAUUCAAAAUUAAAUAAUGGUACAUUUCCAACGCCUCGUUGGAUACAUUAUUUCAUAGUAUACCGUUCAUACACCGUAAACAUCGUUUGCAUGUGUACAAGUACAUAGAAUAUGCAUGAGAUCUCGAAUAAUAAAUGCCAAUAGAACGGUUCUAUAAAUGAACGUGACUGUGGUAAAAAACCUCUCCCGGCGUCAUUAGUGUUCCGGAAAUUACGAUCGUGCUUGUGGCUGUUAUUGACUGUGAUAAAUAAUUCAGAGACUGACUGUGAUAAUUUAAGGGAUAAUUUAGGGGUACAUAGCUAUGUGUAUAGUGAAACUAGAUAUGUGGGACAUAAUUGAUACCAAUGUGUUGUGUUUAUGGCAAGCAGUUACUACAUUUGAUGGGUCAACGAAACAUAUUCGAAGUGUUGACCAAAAAAAGUCAAAUACAAUAGUUUGGUACUGCACCAUCGCUACACAGAGGCCGUUGGUCCAGUAGUUGGGCUGUAUUUUUACGUUUUGUAUUUUCCAACAUUUCGAAAUUAAUUUCACAAUGAUUGUUUUAACUGUGUUUUAUUGGUAUAGGGCCGUGAAUUGAAUAAAUUGACAUUUGACUGUGUAAACUGUGUAAACACACAAAUUUCGCACUCUUGGAAAACCGGGCUAAAUGCAUGUUCGUAAAGUCGCGUCCUAGAUUAUCGUCUGCAGUCCGCACGGACUAAUCGUGUACGAAACUUUCCGCAUAGACUCGCUUUCGUUUAAUAUAAAUCCUUUAAGCAAAAACAAAUAUAAAAGCGGAAAGUUUCGUGCCUGGUUCUUGGAAAUACAUUAAUGGCCCUGCUGGUACUCGAUUCAAUGGAAAGAUAUGUGAUACUUAUGAACUGUACUUAGUAUUAAUGCUGGUAUUCUCUAUUAACGUAUUUGCAUAAUAGAAGGCGAUUCCAGUUUUAUGAAAAUUAUUGUGUUGUUGCGUUUCAUAAGGAGACGAAAAGUUUGCAUGCAUUAUUUGUGCUAGUCAGAUAUAAUAUACAUGUAUUGCCUGCCGAAUUUGUUAUUUGUGUUCUACAUUGAUGAAAGUACUCUAAAUCUAAUGUUCUUUUUAAAACGUUCGUAUUUUAAACGUGAAUCGGAUCUAUUUUAUGUUUUAACAGUUUGAAUGUUGCACUCUCUGUCGUACUUUGGUACAUGCUGCACGUUUGCAAUGUCACACGCGUUAGUAUCGCUCGCAUUUAUUGGUCCGCUAUACAGUCACACACGGUUCAUUGAUUUCAUAAGUGGACAAGAUAGCUCCAUACCAUACUGUUCGAAUGCGCAGGCUUGUCUGGAUCCACCCUGGCCGUUUAUGACAUAAGACCCAUUAUCGCAUGACAAGGAUCAUAUCGCCCCUUGGUGCAAAAAGGUACAAUGUGACAUUGAAAUUAAAAGGCACAUGGUACCUUUUUGCACCAAUAGGUCGAUAUGUUGUUGUAUUCAAAUUACAUUUUUUUAACGUUAGACUAUUUUUAUCAGGAAGUUACAUGUCCUUAAAUAUCGUUAUUGUAGUUUUGUUUAUCUUGCAAUAUAUGUUUUCAAAGAUACUGCAAUGAAAUGCUAUUCUUAUUUCGCAUACAUGUUGAAGUUGCUUGUACACAUGUUUAUUUAUGUAUUA